AGUAACAGUAGGAAAUCAUUGAAUAAAUACAGUGAUGAAUACCGUCGUAAGCGUGAACGCAAUAAUGAAGCGGUACGAAAGAGCCGCAAGAAGACGAAGCUAAAAUCGAUGGAAACCCAAGAAAGGGUCAUGCAAUUAAGCAUGGAGAAUGAAGAAUUAAAGACAAAGUUAUCACUAUUAACAAAAGAAUUAUCCGUCUUGAAAAGCUUAUUU